UGCUCGUCCCCCGGGCUUCUCUUCGACCACCCUCCACAUCACCACAGGACCUCUCGCCUUUCUCUCCCCAAACGGCGUAGCGCAGAAGCAGACUCUGGAUUGCUACCCGACCUGGACCUGGACCUGAACCUGAACCUGGACAACCUAGCCCUGGAUCACCAUCACCUGCCCGACGACAACAACAACAACAACACCACCAUUCCCGAGACACUUCUGCCGGGUCUUGUCUGCUUCACUGCAGAGGUCAACGACUUCUGUCGCUCAACUACUACUACCACCGCCGCUGUCGCCGGUCCUGAGCCACCAUCGGCUACUCGUUCUCCGCCACCCCAAUACCCGGCGUCCGAGUCCUCUUCAGCUGGACGACCUCCGCCCUUCUCGUCGCUCUUUGCCAGUCCAUCAGCGGACCCCGAACUUUCCAAUUCAGCAUCCGUCUUUGAACCAUUUGACGGCAAGUACGCUGCCGUUUCAGUCACCGAUUUCGACAAUAACGACGUCGUCGACGACCCAGACGAAUUUAACGAAGUCGCAUCCUCGAAAUCUGCCGCCCCAGCUUACGCGCCGUCCGAUCCAUUUGUUGCUGUACAUUAUCCGUCAGGAGUAGGAAGCAGUAGUAGUGCUUUUAUCACCACCGCGCCUUCAACAUCGUCCCCGGGAUUCCAGCUCCAGGACGAAACCAAGCAAGCGCUAAACUCUCAAAAGGAGGAUACCAAGGGCGAGUCAUCUCGCAGCAAGGAGGAAGAAGCAGAGCCGCCACCGGCAUAUUCGGAGGGAUCCAGUCCUCUCCUCUCUUUCACAUAUCUAAUGGCUGCCGCGGGAGGAGCGUCGAGUAUCAUUACUCAGGUCCAGCAGGGUGGACCGCCAAUUAAUGCCCUGGGAGAUGUCGCCCCCGAUGAGACGAUUACUAUGGACCUGCGGGGAACGCGGUUCACACUAUCACGCGAUGAGUUGCUAACGUUGCCCGAAUUUGUACUUUUGUCCCUCUUUCCCAAUGGACUCUUCCCCGAAGGACACAUGGGUGGCUUUGGCGAGGGAGAUGCCGUACAAGUUGACGUAACCCAGUCGAUUCCCGUAGACCCUUCCAACCCCCAAGAUGGCAGUGACGGCAUAGUACCCGUCGAUCCGGCAUCCGGCGCACGGGGCGAUGACGGUUCUAAGCGUGCUGGCAUCAUUGUGCUGCGUGAGGACCUGGACUUUUACGCCAUCCCCCCUCGUGCUGACCUUGGUCAGGCUGAGAUGAUGGAGAUCAAGCGCGCGGCUGCUCGGGCGCUGCUCAAGCAGGACGGUAUCUUCAGCGGGCUGAAGAAGAGUGAUGAGCCGGGCACGACGGAGGCGCAUUUGAUCGAGAUGUUGACUGCUGGCGGCUUCAACCACGACGAUCGCUGGGGCCACCGUGCCGGCGAGCCUAACAAGGCCGUUAUCUGCUCCCUCGCCCUCGCCCGCCUGCGCUCCGACAUUAAGGGCAACGAGAUGGGCAGCAACGCCGUGGGCAUGGCCCAGAAGCUUCUGCUCUUCUGGCGCAAGCCUGCUCGCAGGUGCUGGUGGGAGGGUGUCGAGCUUGAGGGUGUCGAAGGUCUCGAGCCUGGCACGAAGCUCAAGGUGUGGAUCCGCAGGGCUUUCUAUGCACCAGGGCUAGUGGAUGGAGUGGGUGGACUCGAUGGAGUUGAAGAAGAAGAGGAGGAUAAGAAGGAUCAGAACGAGAUCAUUGAUGGGUUAGAGGAGCUUGUGGUGAUGGCGGUGGAAGAGUAA